AUGUCUUCAUCCUCCGAUAACCACAACACUUCUUCGACUGAUAAUGACGAUCGAUCAGGAAAUGAUCAAAGUGCCAAUACUGACACGAGCAGCACCAACACCAGCAGCAGUGCUCCUGACUUCCUGUCGAUGCUGAGAACCAAUACUUCUGCCGCAGAAGAAUUCUCAUGGCACGGACCGGAUAACGGCGUAGAGGGUGUUUGGAAUUAA